AUGGACGCCAGGCCAUUUCGACCUCGCGGCGCCGAAAACGUCGUCCCUCCGCUGCAUCAACGGCACAAGUCGACCGGCAACCUUGCCGUCAUGGCUGCUGGCGCUGCCGCCGCCGCCGCCGCCGCCGUUGGCUUUCGAGGCCCUGCCAAGCGCGCGGCCUUUGGGGACGUGACCAAUAUGUCCAAGAACACGGUCGGCAGCCGUGACGACGCGAAGAUGGUCAAGGCGCACCCAGUGACGGCUGUUUCCACGGCUGCCUUGAUCAACAAGGAGAACGCCCCUUGCCAUGCUGGUGGCAAGGACUCCUUCGCUCGCGGCCAUGUACAUGUACAGAGAUCAUCCAACGGCUUGUCGAGCAAACCCAAGAUUCUAGUCGCGCCCGACGCGUGUAGAAAGUCGUCUACCGCGGCUACUCGGGAGGCGGUGCCUGCUACCUCGACUACCGUCGCGGCCAACUACUCACGCUCUAACUGUGUUGCACGGCCCCGGGCGGCACAUGAAUCAGACCGAGAGGUCAUCUUGCCUUCGUUUCGCGCUUCUUUCGACGUUCCUCCUCUGCAGCCGCGCCAUCACAAGAGCCAGCCUCACUUGAAGCAGCAGAAUCAGCCUAUCCUUCGCAGAACCCAGAGCAAGCAGUUUGAGAGAGCAGACUUUGCCUCUGACAAGGCUGCACGAGCUUCCGCUUCCGACUUGGUUGGCAUGCCUUCUCGAAUUGUUGAGGAGCACGCCUCUUGCGCUGAUCUUCCGUGCUCUGUUGCUCCGCGCCAGCCCAUUGAGGAGGUGAAUCACGCUGCCUCGGAAGGCUAUGUCGACCUGGCUUCCUCAAAACUUUGUCACAUCUCCGAAGAGCCGCAGCACAUUCCCGUGUCUUCCAGAGAAUCGCACUCCCAGGCACUUUCAGAAGCCGAGGAAUGCUGGGACGAGGAUGAUGAUGAAGAUUACGACGACCAGGAUCAAGCCUACACCACCGCCCAUUCCUUCCGUACUCAAAAUCUCACUACCGGAGGCGUGACGACAAUUCUUGCUCCUCGGCUGACCUCCAAGAUACAACGUGAGCUGGAGGAAGCCAAGCUUGAAGUUCAACAGACUCGCUCCCUGAAUGAUAUUGAAGAGGAGAUGUGGGAUGUCAGCAUGGUUGCCGAAUAUGGGGAGGAGAUUUUUGAAUACUUGCGCGACUUAGAAACUGAAAUUCAGUGGUCGAUGCGUUCCGUCCUGAUGGAUUGGCUGGUCCAGGUUCACAACCGGUUCAGCUUGCUACCCGAGACGCUGUUCCUGACUGUCAACUAUAUUGACCGGUUUCUUUCUUGCAAGAUCGUCUCGAUUGGCAAGUUGCAGCUGGUUGGGGCGACGGCCAUCCUCGUAGCCUCGAAAUACGAAGAAAUCAACUGCCCGUCUCUGGAAGAGAUCGUCUACAUGGUGGAUGGCGGCUACAGCCCCGAAGAGAUCCUCAAGGCUGAGCGUUUUAUGCUCAGCAUGCUCAGCUUCGAGCUUGGUUGGCCAGGGCCCAUGAGCUUCCUCCGUCGCGUCAGCAAGGCCGACGACUACGAUCUCGACACCCGUACGCUGGCCAAGUAUUUCCUCGAGCUGACCAUUAUGGACGAGCGGUUCGUCGCGUCGCCCCCCAGCUUCCUGGCUGCUGGGGCUCAUUGUCUAUCGCGAUUUAUUUUGAAGAAGGGCGAUUGGACCAAGGCACAUGUGCACUACUCUGGAUAUACUUGGGCUCAGUUGAAACCCUUGGUCACGAUGAUGAUUGAGUGCUGUGAGCAGCCCGCUCUACAUCACAGCGCUGUGUAUGAGAAGUACCAGGAGAAGAGAUUCAAGGAGGUGGCGACUAUCGUUCAGCACGCCUUGGAUGCCGGGUUCACCUUGCCCCAUCACUCGGUCCCCAUCCGUCCCUUGCGCGGACAGACUGACGACUUUUCGGAGAUGUUGCCGUACUCGAACGGCUUGUUGGUUCCCACUGAGGGCUGA